UACCCUCACCCAUUACUUUCACCCUCGUCUCUUUUUAUCCAUCUCUUUCAUCUAUUCAGCCUCCUUAUUUCAGUUCCCUUGUUUUAAUCUAUUUUCCCCUUACCUCUCUUCCCUUCCCUGCCUCUCCUUCCUUCCUUUCCUCCCUGUUUCUUCUCCCCUUCCUGCUUCAGCUCUUUAUUUUUCCUUGGAAUACUUUUCUUGCUACUUACGCUUUUAUUUUUGUUCCCUUCCUCCAUUUUUAUACCUUAAUACCAUACUGCUUCAUGUGCCUCCCUUUAUCCCUCCCUCCCUACUUCCCUCCCUCCCUCCCUACCUUCCUGUUCCUCCCUUCACCUAUCUCGUUUGUCACACUCUCCAACACUGUCUACUUGUCUGUGGUACUGUCUCUUCCCUAUUGUCUACCUGUCCCUUAAAUGGUGCACUUCUGUCUUUGCAGCAUUGUCUAUCUGUCUCUUAAACAUCGUCUCUCCAACGCUGCCUGUCUCUUACAUUCUGUGUCGUCACCACUGUCUAUCUGUCAUUUAAAUACUGUCCAGCACCUGUCCACAUGUCCCUGCUAUACUGUCUAUCUCCAUGUGCAUCUUCAAGAUGUCUUAAAGUUGCAAAAUGCUUUGCUAUUUUGACUUCACUUUCAUGCCAUGUUCUGUUGGUGGGUGAUGGUGAGUGAACAUGACGUCCUCAUCACACACCAUCGGGGUCACUGUCAUUAUAGUCAUCGUCAUCAUUACCGAACGUUUUACCCCUCAAAAUCAUCAUAAAAUUCAUCACCUGCAUAGCCAUCAUUGUCACAAUCCCAGACCCAUCAUUGUAAUCUCCGUCACCAUCACUGUAAUCGGUUGAUGAAUAUCAUUUUCUUUUACUCAACAUUACCAUCUUCAUUAUAAUCAUCAGCAUCUUUAUAAUGAGCAUCAUCCUUAGAAUCACCAUCCCCCAACAUUAUCACCAUCAUUUCUACCAUCAAUAUAAACAAACAUCAUCACUUAAUAAUGAUUACCACAUCCAUUACCGUAACAGAUGUUGCAACCGCAAAUGCAACAUUGAGUUGAUCUUGAGUGAAGUAACAACAAGGUCGGACCUCUGCUACUCAAUACACUUCCAGCUGUCCCAGGCAGACCAAGAGCCCUAUAUCAGCGCCGUCAACACAAGGUCGCCCCUACAGCAUGGGGGGCACCAUGGACAUCACUUAUGAAGGGCUCCUGUUGGAACUAACCACCAGCACCCUCCCGCUCGACCUCAACGCCACUCUGGCCGGCGGGGGGCUCCCUGGCACCUUCGGGAACGUCUCCUGGCACUCCUGCGACAGCUCCGAGCCGCUUCUUAUGAGGGAAAACUUCCCUAACCCAAACCUGGAAGACGCUUUGCGCCUCGACGUGUACGAGAGUCUUCAGGUGGCGCUGAUGGUGCUGGUCGUGGCGAUGUCGGUGAGCGGCAACCUGGCGGUGAUGGUGGUGGUGUACCUCAACUCCUUCCUCCACUCUACCAUCAACUACUACCUGGUCAACCUGGCCGUGGCUGAUCUCCUGAUUAGCGUUUUCUGCUGGCCGACCCUCGCAAACCGCCUCACCCAUCCACUCUACCUCCUUGGACGACCUCUCUGUAAGAUCAGCGUCCUUGCUCAAGGGACGUGUGUGACCGUGUCGGUGUUGACCCUGGCCACGGUGGCGUGUGACAGGGUGUACGCGGUCCUUCUGCCCAUGAGGGCGCGAAGUUCCUCUUCCAGACCACUGACCAUCAUCAUCAUUCUCUGGCUCUUCUCCUUCGCCGUCGCCUUCCCUUCCUUCUACGUCAGGGAAACCAGAGUGUUUCAGUGGAACGACCUGGUCGAGGAGAGCUGUGGAGACAUUAUCUGCACCGCCGCCCACCUCCAAGUCUUCACAUACUACCGCAUCCUGCUGCUGGCGACGCUGUUUUUCGUGCCCGGGGCGGUGAUGGUGCUGGCCUACACUCUCAUAGUAUUCCGUCUGUGGUGUGUGAGGCGGGGACCUUCCGACCCGCACAGCCAGGCCACCUGCCCGGAGCCCCACACCAGAGCCAAGCGUAAGAUUGUGAAGAUGACCGCCAUGGUACUUCUAGCCUUCACCGCUUGUUGGGCGCCCCUCCACUCCCUCAUUAUGUACGACCUGGUCGUUGACCACCCGAUGCCGGACUGGUUCGAGACUGCGCUCUUCUGGGCCUACUGCCUCGGCUACUCCAACUCCGCUCUCAACCCUCUCCUCUACGGCGGCUUCAGCGACAACUUCAGGCUGGGCUUCAGGAAGAUCCUGGCUCGCUGGAGGAGGACUUCAGACCAACACCACAACCGCAGCGCGGGUACAGCGUCCACCUUCCUCUCUCGGUUCCCAAUCUCCAGCAGGACAUCCAACUCGAUCUCCCGUCAGACCUCCGGUUCACUCCCCCGCACACCUUUCUCCCAUCAGACCUCCUGCUCCUCCCACACGUCUUCAGGCUCUGCGAACACCUCCCAUCCAACGUCCAGCAGCGCUCCUUCACGGGAAACAUCCAAACGCAAGCAAAUCACCAACCAGAACCCAGACGUUCUCUCGAGACAGCCAUUGGUGGAAACGAAUGAGCUUAGGGAUGCUGACACUCCCUCGGGUAUGGGACAAGUCUUUAGCAUUGAGGUAAGUCAGAAGAGCCAGCAAGAUUCCGGUUUCAAGAUAGAUGGCAAACUUUGCCCCAACCAAAGCCACGAUGAGGGUGUCGGAGCUCAGAUUAACAGCAUUUUGGAAGGAAGCAGCACAGGUUCACUGGGCCACGGGACCACUGGGAUAAUCAGUAACCAGUUGAAUGACACUACUGAGGGAUAUGACAAGACCCACGUCGACCACAUACAUCAUGGAAGACCCAAGAACGCUUUGGACCCCAAGAACCAUUGAAAUCUCAAGAACAGUCUGGACCCUUCGAACCGUGGCAGAGUCAAGAACACUCUAGACCCGAUGAACUAUGGGAGUUACAAGAACAAUGUGAAUCAAUGAACCAGAUUAAUCUCGAGAACAAAACGGUUACGACCGUAUUAAACGUCAUGUUGUUCUGCACGUUGAAGAACAACUAUUUCCAAACAGUGAUUUACUACCCCCAGAAGAAGACCAAUUGAAGAACAAUGAAAAGAACUAUCAUCAAAGGAACGUUGACUUUCAAACACGAUGAUAGAUUCAUCAAUGAACACUAAAGAACAGUAAAUAAUAAUUAACCAGCAUAGAACAUUAAUUUAAGGUCCCUAAGGAAAAUUUUUAAUAAACACUGAUGAACAAACUGCUGUAAUUUACUUAAUACAGACAAUUAACAUAUUAAUAAGAAACACUUUUUAUUGAAAACUGUUAAAAAAGUUAACUUGAUAUAUGCUAUAUAUUGCGGAACUCUAGAAACUCUGGAAACGGAACUGCGAAUAGGCUGGAAUUGAGUGCAAUAUAUUGAGUUCGAUAUUGGGAGUUCGAAUAUUGAGUUCGAGCUGGGAUUCGAACGCUUGGCUUCUUAGUUGUAAGGCCAGUACGAAAACCACUCCACUAUCCGUCUCGUUCAGUGAACACCUGUUAGUGGCAAAACACCUGAUGAGUGCUAGUGACUGAAUAGAGAACACCUGUUAGUGGCAAAACACCUGAUGAGUGCUAGUGACUGAAUAGAGAACAUCUGUUAGUCGUAGAACACCUCACAUUUGCUUGAAGGUCAACAGUGAUGUUCUGUUCGUUAGUAGAUGAACAGAACAAUCCAGUUAGUCUCCAUCGAACGUCUCCAAGUAGGUAAACCUGUCAACUAAUCUUUGAAUAAGACUUUAAUUGGGUACGACCUCUAAUUAAUCAUGUACGUUGAAUACUACUGGUGGACACAGUAUGCUGGUCUGAAGAAGUUACAAUAUUUGGACACAAACCACAGCUGUGUCAACGAUACAAAAUACAGCCUUCUACGGUACAUACUAGAGCGUUGUGCACUAAUCUCUAUGUGUCAAGGACUAUAGUAUACUCCACUAGAUUAAUGUACUAAAUAUUUACACUUCUAAAUGAUGUAUUUCUGAAAAUACAACUAGUUAUUAAUACAAAUUACAAUAAAAUACCAAGAUGCUUUAUUCUGUAUUACUGCAAACACUAAUGUUUUGUAAAGCUUCAAAGACGAGGACAUACUAUAGCCAGUUUCCUGCUGCUAGUCCUGAGUUUUUAAGAAACAAGGUGGUUUGAGAUUUAUUUGCCCCAUCCUGGAGACACUGGGUGUAGAGCUCCACCCUGGAGACACUGGGUGUAGAGCUCCACCCUGGAGACACUGGGUGUAGAGCUCCACCCUGGAGACACUGGGUGUAGAGCUCCAUCCUGGAGACACUGGGUGUAGAGCUCCACCCUGGAGACAAUAUACAUGCCAGACGAAGAAGAAGACAGGCACUAGCAAGCACUGAGAAGCACUGCCAGUCACUGCCAGGCACUGCCAGGCACUCUCGACCACUUGCUCGAUACACCGUCAAAAAAAUUGUGUAUGUACUCGCCUAGUUGUGCUUACAGGAUCGAGCAUCAGUUCUUAAGCCUUACUCUUCCGACCUCCAUCAAUUUAUUACUGUACCCUUUUUUCACUAGUGUAAAUGUGCCUUAGGGUCACGCUUUCGGUAUCAGAAGUAUUACAAACUCAGCCUUCAGACAACAUACAGUCUCCGAUUUGACCUCUAAACACGUUCAGCCCACACGUUCCUAGUUGCUAUUUACACUUAAAAAGCCUCACUCCUCAACACAAACAUGAAACUUAUUCCAGAUAGAUGUGAUUGAACUCUUGAAUACCACACUAGCAAUAAUCAGCCACUCUUGAUAAAUCUCUGUAGCCAGAACAAGUCCAAAAAGAGAUUCAAAGUAAGAAUAUAUCUAUGUAUAUCUAUAUAUAUCUAUGUAUAUAGGCAGCGGUAGGUGUCCACCACACAAAAUGAAGAAGCUUUAUUCUACAUUUUGUUCAAUAUAUAUUCUAUAUUUUGUUGUAUUCAGUUCAACGGCUGAUAUGUGUUCCCACUGAUGGUUCAUGGUCACUAGGGCUUCUGUCAUCCUCUGAUCUCAGUAAGGUAAUUGUGGGGGAAAGGAGCUAUAUGACAGUAUGUUUAUAUAUCACAGGAAAGGGAAAGAUUAUGAGGGCAAGUACUGGAAUAUAAAGAUGUGUGUGAAGGUACCUAACUAUUUGGACCAUGGGGGGAUCGAACGCCGACUUUGCAAGAAGCAAGGCCGUCCAUGUACCGACCAGUCCAAGCGAUCUCGGGAGACGGUUCCCAUCAUAGUGUUUUGGUCUGCUGGCCUCCUGUUGCCUGCAUUUAUUGUCUGCACUUUGCAUUUGCUUGUAAUAAAAGUUCGCCAAUUU